AUGGCCUCCCGCUUCGCCGACGCCCUCUUCGUCAAGAUCGACGUCGACGAGCUCGCAGUACCCACCUACCCUACCAGAGGACAAGGGCUUCAUGGCCAACCAAGGCGCAUGGUGCUCGCAAGCGACGAAUGGAAGUUGUUCGGCAUAGGCACGGAGGAGGAGGAGGAGCGGCACGGACGGAGGAGGACAGAGCACCUCUCUUCUUCUACGUUCUUCUCCAUACCUUCACUUCUUGUAUGUGCUUGUGCUGCAGCUCACCCAUGGUCUUGUUUGUCCUGCAGGUGCCACUGGACGCAAGGGUGGAGCCUAUGCCUCCUUGCUGAAGCUUCUCGCUCUACACCAGUUUAUGGUGCUGCGGAUGUGGUUAAGAUGGCGUUCUACACUAUGCUUCUUAUGUUGCAUGUGAAUGGGGGUGAGUAG